AUGCUCGGAAGCACAGUACGGCCCAGUGACCGCGAGUUCACCGUUGGCUGGGUCUGCGCUCUUUUCAAAGAAUACAUUGCGGCUCUGGAGAUACUGGAUGAGACUUACGAUGAUACCACCAAGAGUUCGCUGACCAGCGAUGGCCGCAGCUAUUAUACUCGCGGUCGCAUCGGAGGACACAAAAUAGUCGUUGGCUGCCUGCCAAUUGGUCGGUACGGCUUAGUGUCCACAUCCACAGUGGCGGAGGACAUGAAGAUGAGAUUUCCAUCGAUAAAUCUAGGCUUCAUGGUCGGAAUAGGUGGUGGUAUCCCGAGCGAAAAAAACGACAUCCGUCUUGGGGACGUGGUGAUUGGAACGAAGGUAGUCCAAUAUGGACUUGGUAAGAAAACACCGAGUGGAUUCCAAGUCACUGGUCACACCUUCACGCCGGCGCCGAUCCUUCUCCAUGCAGUAACUGGACUGAAAACACGCCUGUUCGAUGGGCUGGACCUUUCAGCAUCCUUAGAGCAAAUGGUGACAAAGGCUCCACCGAUAAAAGCCACCUUCGGACGCCCUGAAUCGCAUACAGAUCGCUUGUACAAUUCUCGAUAUGUGCACCUGGAUAACUGUGAUUGCACGAAGGACGGGGCACACGAUCCACUGAGUUUAGUUCAAAGGCCAUCUCGCAGCAAGAAUGAAGUCAAAGUCCACGACGGGAUAAUCGCAUCUGCCGACCAGGUCGUAAAAGAUGCCACAGCCCGAGAUCAGAUCGGCCACGAAUUGGAUGCUCUUUGUUUCGAGAUGGAAGCGGCUGGUCUCAGCGAUAGCUUGAAGUGGAUUGCGAUUCGCGGAAUCUGCGACUAUUCUGACUCACACAAGAAUGAUCGAUGGCAUGGCUAUGCGGCUGCUGCCGCCGCCGUCUGUACCAAAGAGCUGCUGCUCACCAUCCCGCCGGUUAAUUCCACAGGUAUGGAGCCUGUGGCUGAGCAGCAGCGAUGGGCUGUUGACCGUGCAGACUUCGCGCGAGUCCUUGAAAAGGUGCCCUCUGGAAUGGCGACGACCUUGCACAGUGCUCUUAUUGGGGUCUGCCUCUUCCUGGCUAUUGUUGGGCAAUUGCUUUGGUCCUUCUACCUUUGGUUACUAUCAGUGGCAGCGAACAUUGACUCCCCUGAUUUCAAACCUCCGAUAAAAACGGCACAGCCAGUGCAGGGUCCUACACAGCAGUUCGGGGGCGCACCCAUACAUAUCAACAUCCACGUUGAUCAGCCAGCAGUGUCUAACGCACGAAGGCAAAGUGAAGCAGAUUGGAUAGAAUCCCCUGGUCAAUCCCCGACAGCGUUUUCUACCGUGCAGUGGAACGGUGCAGGGAGAGAAAAGGUGUUGGGCAGUACCGCGGAACUUCUCCAAGGGGUCCGGACCCUGAUGGGCAAAGAGAUGGGCAGAAACAUCUCUAUAAGUAUCCCACACCAUACUGACGGCCCACUUUCGCCUGUCGACUCCAGCUGUGACCCGCUUGAGGGGGUACCUUGGCAAUCACCAGAUAUGCCCUUUGAGAGGACAGACUCUGUAUCCAGUGCAUCCAAACCUCCAGUACCUCCACGUUCCAAGAAACCACGCGGAUACGCCUCGAGGCGUAACACGCAGAUUCCCGUCCCUAAUUCCAUGGCGAAAAGAAACAAACACGCAGCCGAACAGAAAAAUAAUAAAUCCCCCGAGUCCGGUGAAGAAGUUCCAGAAAUCGUGGCUCUGAUCAAUGAAUUCCGAGGACGGGCAUCGGUAUGA